AUGGAGACAGUUGGUUUGAUAGAUGCGGCACUUCUACUACGGCAACCCCUCGAUUCAACCUCUCAGCGUCCAAACCAAACCGUCAGAUCAACACCUCAUCCUCCACCACCUCCUCCAGCUCCAGCACCUCCACCUCCUCCUCCACCACCUCCACCUCCGCCACCUCCUCCCACAUCCAAGGGCGAUGCAUUCUCCCGAACAGUGCAGCGGCGCUCGAGAAUGCGCAACUUUAAUUGGGAUGCCAUACCGCGGCACAGUGUGUUGGGCAAGCGCAAUGUGUGGACUUCGCAGCGGUCGAAGGAGGACUUUCAGCUGGACACAAAGCGUAUUGAGGAGCUCUUCAGUCGCAGCGACGUGGAGCAGCUUCCACGAAAGAACGGAACGGUUAGGAAGAGUGUCCGCGGCCUCUCGCCGUCCGGGCAAAGACCUGAAAGGGUCUCAAUCAUCAACUCUAAGAAAAGUAUGAAUAUUGGGAUUUUCCUGAAACAGUUCAAAAGGCCGCUGAGGGGCAUAGUAGAAGAUGUGCGAAGGGGAAAUCCCUGCUUUGGGUCAGAGAAACUGAAGGAGCUGUAUAAACUGCUGCCCGAUGAUGGAGAGGUAAAGAGGCUGAAGUCAUUCAGCGGGGAUAUGGAUCAGUUAACUGAAGCCGACAGGUUCAUGGUGAUGCUGGUAAAAGUGCCAGGCUAUGAGGAGAGGCUGAGGACUCUGCUCCUUAGAGAGGAGUUUUGCCCUUUUGUGGAGGAGUUGAAGAACUCUAUUGCUGUUAUGAUCACUGCUGCCAGAGAGCUCCUCUCCAGCGACGACCUCCACUCCAUCAUCCGCCUGGUCCUGAAAGCAGGAAACUAUAUGAACUCUGGCGGCUAUGCAGGCAGCGCGAUCGGGUUCAGGAUGACGUCUCUGCUGAAACUGGUCGACACCAAAGCCAACAAGCCUGGAAUGAACCUCAUGCACUAUGUGGCUAUGCAAGCACAGCAGAUUGAUCCCAGCCUACUGAACUUUCCGGAUCAGCUUCAGCAUGUUGGAGCUGCUUCUAGGAUCCAGCAGCUGGAGGUAGAGGCAGAUUUUCAGAGGGAGGUGGAGAAAGUCAAGGAGGCCAGGAUGGACUCAAGCAAUCAGCCAGAUCUGCAACGUCAAAUGGAAGCUUUUCUUAACAAGGCAGAGAGUCGUCUGGCCGACAUUCGGGCUUCUCUACGAGAUUUGUCCGCCGUCAGUUACUCUGUUGCCGAGUACUUCUGUGAGGAUCCUUCCUCGUUUAAAUUAGACGAAUGUUGCUCCAUCUUUCGUUCGUUCUGCGAGAAGUUUGAGAGGGCUGUACAGGAGAACCGUGAGCGGGAGGCAGUGGAGCGGAGGAGGAAACAGCAGACAGAGAGGGAGAGACUCCUGAAUGCUGCCAAACGACGCUCCACGGCCACAUGCUCCGCCAGAGACGUGGAGACAGAGGCCGCAGCUCUGGAGUCCGUUCUGUACGGUUUCCUCUCCAGCCGUGGUCCACGCAAGAGGGCCAGCAAGCUUUUAACCUUAGGCAGGAGCCCCACAGGCCUGGUGAAUAAACAGAGCCCCCUAGUGGAGGAGUCAGAGGACAGCGAGAGUCCAACGUCCCCCUCAGAGAUGGUGCUGAUGCGGCUGAACAGCAGUGACUUAAGGAGCCCUUCGGCAAAAAGCCCGGUGCUGAGUGGUCAAGAGGAAAUAGAGAAUGCUGCAAAGAACCACCAAUCACCACAAGUUGAUUCGAGGAAAGGACCCUCCAUAGAGGACAAAGUGACUCCGAAAAGCAGCGACCGCAGGGUGCCCCGUUGUAGGACCACACAAAGCAAACGCAGCACCGUGUCAUCUGAGGAUGAAGAGGGGACCAAAGGAGACAACAAGGGAUUGGAUGCGGAGGAAGUGGAGAAGAUGCGUGAGGUGUCUUGUAAGGUCUUACGCUACCAGACGAGCCGCGGUAGUCUGAAAGACGAGCCCGCUCCGGAUCUCCAGCGCUCGCCCGAGGGACGUUUCAACUCCCCUCAACAUCGGGAGAUGAACGUUUUUCUCCAAAACAGUCUCGGAGGUCUAGGAUCCCCUUGGACCAUUCUCAGCCCUCGCAUGACCCCCCAUACCAAACCCCACCGCCGGCACUCUUUCACCAUCUCCCGCGGCGACGACCUUGAUGACGAAGUGUGGGCGUUACCCGAUACUCCAGUACGCCCGAAGGCCCCUCCCCUUUCUCAUUUGCCCGCAGGGACCUCUUUGUCGUUACCUGACUGCCCUUUGAAGAGGACUCCGGCCCAGGGGCCAAUGCUCAGGUCGCUCUCACUCAGCGAAAGGAGUGAUGGUAACGAAUCUGCUCCCAGUUUUCGUCUGGGAGAUGUCUUCCAGAGACGAGCCGGUCAGGGCCCACCAACUAAGAGGCAGGAGUCAUCAGCACUUGUGUCCUUCUUCAGACGAUUUGGAGAAAGGAACAGACAACCUCCAGAACUGGGCCAGGGCUCCAGAGGAACCGACACUAGAACUUAG